CUGGGAGUGACAAGUCAACACAUCCUCACUCCUAUAUAAACAGGUUGGGCCAGUGGUGCCUCUUACUCUGUUUCUGAAGAGGAAUACAACACGCGUUACAGCAUGACUAAACUGCUGGUCAUUACUGUGCUGGUUGCACUCCUCGCUCUCAGCGCUGAAAGCUUCCGUAUGCCGAGGCAGGCUGCCGAGGAGCAGGGCACGCUGACCAAGAUAUCAGACACCAUCAAGUCCUACUAUGCCAACGCCGUCAACACGGCCAGCGGAUACCUGGAUGACAUCAAGGGCCUGAAGCUGGAGGAGAAGGCAGUGAACCUUUACACUGAUACCACCACGGUCAUUGGCACCUACGCUGGCAUUGCACAAGACCAGUUGUAUCACAUCUUUUACCAGAAAUAAACAAAAACUGAUCUCCAAUGACCUCAUCUACCUUUUCUGACAGCGUGAGAACUUUCGAGCGCCACACGGUGAGGCCCAUUUUUGACAUUUUGAACUUCGUUCGUAUCUCCUCAUCCAAGCCUUAGAACCUACAAAGGGCGUCUUAAAAAAUGGUGGACUCUUUGUUCUUUGUGGCGCUUACUUGGGAAACUGCAGGAAAGGAAGAUAACCAGCCAACAGGGACUGUGAUCCUUUGUAAAAACAACAGCUUGCACAGAGGAAACAAGCUCACCUUAUUAAAGUACCAACACAUUUCUCCCUGGCUCUCAGAGUUGAGAAACCACCAGCCAUCAAAAUAAUACAAAUAAUUUAAUGAUCUAUCGCCACCCACUGGUGUUUGCAGUCAUCCCUCAUCCGGAUACAUUUAAAUAUGUGUGUCAUAUCUUGAAAUAAAAUAUUUAUACAACA